UGUGUGGUGCCAAGAUGGUAGCUUCGAGUCUUUCUGCAUUCAACAUAAACAACCUCUAGGUCUUGCAACAUGGCUGAAGGCGGUCGGUCUAAAAAAUAUGAGUACUACGAAAUGGUCAGUGACUUGUACGUGAACCCCAGAUACUUGCGGUCGAUAAUAGAAAAAGAGAGUACAAAUAAAAAAGACAAUGAGACCUACCGAGAAUACGUUGAACGUUUGAGAGGCAGAAAGUUCGAAGACGAAGAAUGGGAGAACUCAUGUGGGAUCUCGUCAAAGAUUCUAGAAACUGAAGUGAACACUGACCAGCUUGACGUGACUCAUCUCAUAUGUCUGUUUGAGAACAUUUUCAAGGAAGUUCACAAAGAUGACGUGGGCGAUUUUCCAUCAAACCUACUUGAGAAAUUAAGAGACGUGAAAAUCAAGCGAGACAGAUUCUUUGACAACACUGCGGCUGCUGAGGAUUCGAUCAACCUCGGAACUCUUAAAACUGCCCUCUCAGAGGUGUUGAAAGAUGUAGAAAAUUUCUAUUCGCCCCUGGAUGAUGGUCAAGGACAGAACCAGAAUUAUGAAAGACGUAUUUUCUUGGAUGAAGAACGUAUAAAAAACUUCCAUUCGAUGUUGGAUCCGAGCAAUCAGCAGUUAAGAGAGAACAUCAAGAAUCUCGUGGAAAAUGCAAUACUACAAGAAGAACUUACAUCAGAAAGGGAUACAGUGAACAGUUGUGCCGUAUUUCACGGGUUUGACCUACUAGUUAAAGAAAGAAAUGACGAGAGAGUCCCUGAAAACACUAAAAUUGCAAACGAGAAAAUUCUAGAGAACUCUGUAAAGUUUGUCGUGGUUGAGGGCAUUGCCGGUUCCGGGAAAACGACUUUCCUAAAAAAUAUCAUACUACAAUUCUUUAACAGGCCGCACACUAUUGUUGAGAAUUUAGAUCAUUUCGACCAGUUGAUCCUGUUCGAUUUAAGGGAGCGUACCGCAAAAACCCUGAGUGACGUCGUCAAGCAACUUUUCGGAGAUCUGUGCGGCGAGCAAGAGAAAGAAAACGUUCUUGAGGCCAUCCUCCGUCGCAAGGUCAUAUUUGUCUUAGAUAGUUUCGAUGACGUGAACACAGAUUCAUACAAAAUAGUAAAAGAGAUCAUUGCAAGAUCGUGGCGCACUGGCAGUCGAGUGUUGAUCACGACUCGACCUCAUUGCAAGGAGAGGCUGAAGAAGCUUUUAUCAAAAAAUGACGUCAGUUCCAUUGUGUAUGGGAUCAAUCCGAUCAGUAAGCUUGAAGAUCAAGUUGAAUUUUUGAAAAUGUAUGAAAAUUCCUCGAAUGAAGCUAACCAGGCCGGAGUAGCGAUGAUAGAAAAGUUCAAGUCGCUGGAACCAGAAGUACGAACACUUUUCACUGAACCCGUAAACUUGAUGCUUUUCCGCCUCUUCCAUUUGCACUUUCCGGAAAAGAUCCUCUCAUGGCAUAAAUCCAUGGGCAUUGCGUACUUCAUUUUCGGCUUAUACAGAAAAAUUGCCGUGUCGAAACUACAAACUCCUAAUUCCCCCGAGGGAGAAAACAUGCUUGACGAAAUGUUCAAAAUCAUUGGCAGAGUAGCAUUGGAAUUGCUCCAUGACAACUUCGUGACAUUUUCAGAAGACAAGUACCAAGAAAUCAAAACAAGUUGCAGGAUUCAAGGUGUCAAUGAAGAGGCAGAGAACAUUAUUCUAGGAGUUGUGUUGAAAAAACAUCGAACAGUCGCUGAGAAUGCGCCCCAGUUUUUUGAAUUUCGGCACAAGAUUAUCCAAGAAACUUUCGCUGCCCACUACAUCGUAGAGCGCAUUUUUGAUGAACAAUACUCUCCCCUCAACAGCAUUAUCGAUAAAGUGGCAAGGGAAACACGUCUGAAUCCCGACUACCCGCUGGCGGAUGCAUCGCACGGCAACCGUACUUCUUCCAAGCACCGAUUUCCACGGAACCUCCUGCGUGAGACACUGCAGUACGUGGUGCUGGAACUUAACAGGCGCAGUCCCAGCCGAUUCCAGCAGCGCUGGCCAGAGCUUCAGGAAGCGCUGCGUGAUGCUGGUAUCGAGAACGCAUUCGAUUGGCAGGACUGCCUGCGGUUGUGCGCUGGUGUCAAGCUGGUGGCCGAAAUAGCUGCUUUAAAGCGUAAAGACGAAGACACUUGGUUCGUCAACAAGGGUCUCGAGGUUGCGGCAAUUGCAGCAAUGUUGCAGUACGUACAGCCAAAGAGCAUUCAUUUGACUAUGAGAAGUGAGGACCUGGACCUGACACAGUGGAAGAAGCUUGUGAGACGGCGCAAGGGGGACAUCCUUCUUGUUCUGAAUGAACAUGAAGGCGACGAAUACAAAACCCAUGAUGACCUUCUGCAGCCGCUGAACGAAAGCAAAAUCAGGAUAGUUCGAUUCGACGGAUGCGUGAGCCACCCCGACAGCGUGACCGCCCUCGCCUCGAAAGCUCACGAGGCUGAAAUCAACAUCCGCAUGGCUGACCCCCUGGACCUCAGAGCGCUCAGUGGGAAAUAUAAAAAACUCAAUGUGCGCACCCGUCAGCUCCCUUCUGACGCCACUCCAAUGCCGCUGCCGGACACGCCAGCGCCAUCGCUGCAGGUGGAUGGCGCUGAUGAGAGGUUCAAGGGGGCCGUGGCCCAUACCAUCACAUUACUCGCGCCCCAAAACAAAAGGUUCUUAACGUUGAAGCUGCAGCCUUCAAAAGUAGAAUGGCGGUCGACUUUACGAGAACUGCAUGCACUUGGUAUCAGGACGGAGGAGGAUGAUCGCACUCGUGUACCUGGUAUCAGGACGGAGGAGGAUGAUCGCACUCGUGUACCUGGUAUCACGACGGAGGAGGAUGAUCGCACUCGUGUACCUGGUAUCAGGACGGAGGAGGUUGAUCGCACUCAGGCACAUGGUCCCCGGACGCAGGAGGGUGAUCGCACUCGCCUCGAAGAAACAAAGCUAAGUGGACUCAUCAAUAUCUACAUCCGCGAGGAACUACCUGAAAAAGUAGAAGUGAUUAAGGUUGAAGAUAAACACGACUAACUUAAUGUUUGUUUAAUCACAUUCAAGUUGAACAUCGUAAAUAGCCAAUCUACCAAUUUGAAAAAUAUUUUUGACAAAAGCAUGGAUAUAAAAGAGCAAUUGUAAGAUAUCUAACGGUUUGCUGACGUUUCACUUGAUUGUAGUAACACUAGAGAGAUGUUCCAAUUUGUUAACGUUUCAAUUGAUCGUGGUUUUAAAUUAUUGCCGUUUUACUUUAUUGAGGUUUUGUAUGAUUUUGUAUGAUAUUGACGUUUUGUAUGAUUCCAGUUUUCAGUGUCUCUUCACAUUUAUUUCGGCUUGCUCUCUCUCAGCAUUUAAAUCACCACACCUUUCUGAAAUAUCCGAAGAUUAAUUAAUGAUUAAUUAAUUACUGAUCAACACUGCGUUGCGUAAGCCAAAUUUACUCUGCAAUGAAAAGUUUGGAAGACGAAAUAUGAAUGAAAGAUUUAAUUGAUUUUUAUUGCCAACGACGUCGCUGGUAUAUAUCCUAGACGAUUGGAGCGAUGCAGCGAAUCGUUACUUCACUUUAAAUAUCAGUACAGUAUUAGUCGCAGAAGUUUUAAUGCAACAACUCUAAGGAGCAUGAAAUCCAAGCUUAAUCCUGAAACAUAAACUCGCCGAGCAUCUGGUUGCACAUCAAUUCUGCAUAACCUCCCUUCCCAGAGAAGUAGUGGAAAAGGAAAAAGCGACAGAAAUUUGUAGGGUUUAUAGUGUUUUAUGUCCGUGCUCUUUUGUGGGACAAGAGUCUGAAUGAUUAACUGAGUUCAUCGAUGCGACGUAUUUAACAUAAGCAUGUACAGUUAUAACGUUUAGAGAGGGUCGACCCGUGAUCAUCACGGCUGAUCCAGUCACUACGAUACUUGAUUCUCUUGUUUCUUGUUUGCGCUCCUCUGGAAGUUCUUGCUUGUGUCGGCAUUUUCUAUCAUCAACAACUGCGCCGCAUUGCACAUUACUAUGUGUCACUGUCAGUACUUGGCGCUACACUUGGUACCUCACCGGUACUGCGCUUACAAGCAUACCAUCGCUCAGGUAACAUGUGACCAAGUCUUCACUUUACUAGAUAUACGAUCUAUAAAGUCUGAUUAUAUUGACGUUUCACAAGAUUGUUGUUCUGCUUGAUUUCUGUUCCACUUGACCCAUCGAAGUUUCUGUAAAUUGAAGCUUCACCUGCGAGCUGCAAAGCACGAAUGUCGAUAAGCUCAUCGUAGUUCGAUUACUUGGACGAUAAUUAUACUCAACUUGUACUCUACACUUGAUUGACGUUAUACAUACAUGAUGGUAAUCACACUUAAUUGACAUAUUGCUCCUCUAGAUUAAAGUAUCUUGAGUUAUCGCGGCCUUCAUAUACGAUAUUUAUUUUAAGAUAGGCCCCUUAUGAUAAAAAUAUAAUCAACUGCUUUCAUUUGUGCGUGCAAUUCUAGACUUUCUCUUAAUAAAAGUAUUA